GGGCACUUCCGUGUUUGUGAGCUCGCGCGGGCCUCACUUUUUGUAAAUGAAUCAGUCUAUCCAUGGAGCUACUCUCUGUGGUCUAUCUAUCCAUGAGUGAACCUUGAAGUCUAUGAUCUAACCAGGCAAGAACUUCCGAACCGGACAGGAAUAUAUCACCUAUCUAUAUGGUAGCUAAUGUAGGCAAAAGCACCAUAACAUCGAUCUAACUUCCUACGUUUGUGAUCUAAUUCAUGUUAUUGAAACACAAUGUUCGCGAGCCUGUGAAUUAUCAUCUGUUUACAUGACAUGUUUUGAAUGCUUGCUAACUUGCUGAUGCUUUGGUUAUCUCUACGAAUGCGUGUGACUUUUGGAUCGACAAAAAACCUAGCUUGCUUUGAUUAUAAGUGGAAUAAUACAAUUUGAUUUUUUCCUUCUGACAUGAAUGUUGGUUGUCCUCUUCUCAUAUUUGAAAGCAGGUGAAGCUGGAGCCUGUGUAGGAUUGGGGUGAAGCCAUGGCGGGUGAUAGCAGGACCCCAGGUCGUGAAUCUUGGGUGAUUACAUUGCGGGUAAAAGCUGGCAAUGACCAAUGUGCUGACUGUCGUGAUUGUGACUGUGAAAAAUGCGGUUUUCCAGAUCCUGUUUGGGCGUCGACUGAUCUUGGAAUAAUUAUUUGUGAUGAAUGUAAAUCACUUCACGAAUCUGUGACAAAAGUAGAAUUCAAAUCUAUCCUGAGUAGCCAUGAAUGGACCGAAGAAGAAUCAACGAAAAUGGAGGCGACAUGCAAUAAGGAAAUGAACGAGAUUUAUGAAAAACGAGCACCACCUGGAUAUCAGAAACCAACAAGAUGCUUCAACAGGGCUUUUCGGGAACACUGGCUGGUAUCUAAAUACAUCAAACGUCAUUUCAUGGCUGUGGAGAAGGAGUCUCUAUUCCCUAAACUACCAAGUAGAACAGAGAACAUCUCAACCAGUGUUCCAGCAUACCUGAAGAUAGGAAAGAAGACAGGUUAUCUUUGGAAACGAGGACGGGAUGACGACAUGUUCCAGAAGAGAUGGUUUGAAUUCAGCAUUGGCAGUCAGUCUGGUAUGCGGGCCUCACUGGUUUACUACACGGAUGCAAAUAAGCAGAAUCUUCGAGGAGAUGUGAGUCUGAAGGAUGUACAUGUAUGCCUUGCUUCAGAAGAUAAGAUACGCCAUCCUAACGGUUUACAGUUCAUUAUAGAAGAAGAGAGUAAAGUCAGGAUGAUUUACCUGUAUGCCGACCUCGAGAAGGAUAUGAUAGAGUGGUACCAAGCUAUUUGCAUUGUCAAGUUCUGGGUUGCCAGGUUCAACACCACAAUGGAGUCUAGACAACCUAUCGAUGAACAGCAGAUUCUCCAAAAUCUGAACCAUGAAAUUCUCUUGGAAGGCUCUUUACAGAAGACUGAUAGUUCUGCUAGGCGGGCUUUCAGGAGAAGAUGGUGUAUCCUUUACGGUAAAAGCUUAAUGUACUUCAACAAUGAGCUGGACGCUAACCCAAUCAAGGUAGUGAGACUAGGUUCCCACACUGACGGUUUUUCAUUGAUAAUGACCGGUGAUCAUCAUCCUCAAUGGCCCAAGGGUGGCUUUCAUUUUCUUCUGAAGACCCCUGGAAGGGUGUUCACUUUCAGCGCAGAUACCGAAUCAGAGAGACAAGCCUGGUAUCGAGCCCUCUUUAGGGCGUGUAAUCCAAACAAGUGUCAAGCUCGGCCGCAACCACCGCCUCGGCCUUCUAGUAGAAACCCUUUACCAUGUCCUCCAACCAAGGUACAAUUGAACUCGAGAUCAACGAAGGACUCCUUGCCCGACGUCCCCAAGGUUGAUGUACAAAAACCCGAAGUUCCGCAGCCCCAAGUUCCGAAGCCCGAAGUCAAGCGUCGGGUUACCUCGCAAGUUUCGGUUCCAUUACUUGAUCCACCGAUACCAAGCCCACGUUCCCAUUCACCUGCUAGGAGAAUAAGCUCCGAUGUCUCUGACAGAGACUCACAAGGAUAUCUCCAACCCAUCUUCAGACCGAGUUCUGACGACGUUCCACCACCAGUCAUGCCAAGGCCAGCGGAGACACUUCCUGGCUACGUCCCAAGUAUCGACCGACAAAAUAGCGAUGUACAAAGCGACGACGAUGACUUCCCUGAUGCAUCGAGCGAGAGUGAGAACGAGGAAGUUGCGUACAUUGAAAUGGACGUCGUACCGAUCAUUUGCACAAAGGUGGACGGUCAUGGGACAUGCGUGAAGGCAUUUGGUUUCUGUCUUAGGAUUCCACACGGAGCCAUAGACACUCCAAAAGAGAAUAAAUGUUUUAUUUCUGUGACACCACAUCAGCGGGAAUGCCCAGUGUUCAACGGUAACGACCUACCUGGCAUCAAUGCUUACAGCGCCCACGUCGUCGAAUGUCGGAGUUUCAACUACCACAGACCGCUUCUGAAACCUUUGCAGUUAGAGAUACCUCACUGUGCUAACAUCGGUGACCUGAACGAAUGCAGAGUUACUCUGUGGCAUAAAACACUUCAGAGUGACGAAACCCUUGAUUGUUGGCGACAGGUACCCGAGACGAAUGCGGCCAUCAUAUGCCGUGUAAAGCAACGAUGUCUUCAACUCACCACUCUCCAUCUAGGAAGCUAUACAUUCCUUUUAGAUGGUCCGGGAAUACUGGGAAAGGCGAUGCAGAUGGCUAUCUUCACCCGAGCCAGUGCACAUACCGAGGUCGUUACAGCGCAUAUCUAUCUCUUCAAUAAUAUCAGCAGCGACUCUGUAUGGACGAACAUUGAAGAGAAAGAGUUCAAUGCCGGCGCCGUUUUGAGCGACGUCAGUACAUCAUUUUCAAUCCAGAGAGAUGGGAGUGAUCUGUCGUUGACCUUACAUGACAUUGAUGGUCUCCAACUAGAUAAUGGUCAACUAAAUGUGCUGACGGUCCCACAGAAGAAGCUCUGGCAGUCUCCAUUCACCAUGUUGGUCGUGAAGUUUAUCAACACAGCUCACCAAGGAAAAGCUAAUAUCACUCUCAAACAGACAGAUUCCACCGGGGGAGACAGCUGGCAGGAAAACGCAGUAUUCAGUUUCUUAGCUGAUUGCAUUGUUUUUGUAGAAACACUCACGGAGGAAACGCAUACGGAGCAUGGUGCAUACUGCACGCCGUUCGACAUUGCCAAGUGGCAGGCCCAAUCUCAACACCUCAUAACACCAGCUCCCGGCUCUCGGGGUUCCAUCAUUGCAGGGGAAGAUGCCUACGUGCAUCUUGACUUUUACCCGCUUCCCGCCCGCCAUACGUCGGAACGCCGCGAGGCGCAAAGGAAACAGAGCCUUCGACACUACCACGCCUCCCUCCUCAGACAACGCCUCGCCCCACUCUCCCGGACCACACCCCGCGGCUUUCAGAAGAAAUAUCAGGGCGGGUCGGAAGGGGAGGCCUCAUCCUCGACAACGACGAGUGAAACGAGCACGGAUGGGAGUGGCCAAGCCACACAAUCUACUUCCAUACCACAGGGGUUGAAGGAAGACCUGAGUCAGCUUCUUGAUGAUUUAGCAGAGUAUGGGAACGACUGGAGCAUGUUAGCACGCUAUCUAGGUCUGGACCAUCUCAUGCACCGUUUUAUCGUCAGCUCCCGUCCAACGAUAACUCUACUAGACUGCUGUGAAAGUAUGGGCUAUACAUUGGCUUACAUUGAAGAAGCAGUAAAAGCCAUCGAACGAAAAGACGCAGCUAGUCUCAUAUCGAACUAUAUUAGCCGCAAACAAGGAAGUGUGAAGUGAUAUUUCAACAGUACUAACAAUAACAGUGUCUUGGUAUUAACAAAUUUAAUAAAUUUUAGUAAAUUUUAGUAAAUAUAAAGAGCUCUUAUUUUCAAGAGUUUGCGGAAUUAAGAACAGGAACACGAUGAAGACGGUAUAGCCCUUAUCAAGAGAUAGUGCAGUUUGAACGCUAUUAAAAACAGUUCUGGAUGAGAUUAUCUUGAUUCGUUAACAAUGAAAUUCAUUUAAGAUGCACGAAAACGUGAAUAAAAGACAUUUUUACAAAGCUAUGCUCCCCGACAAAAACAUUCUCAACUGAGGACGUAUAAAUUACCCCAAAGUGGCGUUUCGGAAUAGCGGCACCCGGGGUAAGUGAUACAAUUGCGCCCCUUCCAAUUUAGAGUAGCUCAUGUGGUUGUUCCUGAUACUAUUUUUUCUUCUUUUCUCCACUUUUAUUCAGUUUUUCUUACUUUUUGUGCCCUUUACAGCUGCGAUAUUCGAUCGGAAGAUAAGGAUAAAAUACCCUAAUCUAUAACCAAGAGAUGGGCCAAUAGCGGGAUUCAAUAAUUUUAAUUCAGCUCUAUGAAAAUGAUUCAUUCUAUAUAAAUAAGAUUCUGAAAAUAAAAUGUGUGAUUAUACAGGGUCUGUAAAUAUUUAAAGUAGCUUUUCUUCUUGCUUCAUUUCCUUUUGAAAAAGGAGUCUAUUGAAACAUAGUGCUUAUAAAAGUAAAACUUCUGAAAUACAUAAAUAGUCUAAAUAGAGUAGAUGAGUUAGAAUUGACUUUUAAGGUCUUUUGUAUUUUUCCUUUUUUUUCUUUCUUCGGGAUGGGGAAUAAAUUUAAGAUAAAAAUAAUUAAAUACAAAACUUGUGUAAAAUACAAUACAGUUAUCCAGACGUUUCGCAUUAUUUGAUAUUAUCGUAGAAGUGCAAAUCUAUACAUGGUCUUUGCCGAAUGUUAUGAACAUAGACGAUAUCGCUUAUGAGACGUGCUGAUUCUGAAAAUGAAAUCAUCUGCUUGUGUAAAUUUAUUAUUAUCUGAUUUUUGUACAAACUGUAACUACGAAAAAGUUGUAUUACGGUAGCGAGGGUACAGAAUUAUCAUCUAUAUGAGCAUAUUUAUUUUUAUCAUAUAUAUUUAUACAUAUGUAAAUCCUUUCACAUGUUUUGAUACUCAAAGCAAACAACUCGAUAAUGAUUUAUAUAGAAUCCAUUUUGUCCUCGUUCAUAAAUAUGUCUUCAAUGAUAAAAACACAAAGAUAAAUUUAUGAUUUUAAGAGAAGCUAUCGGAAAGCGUUUACAUGGUUGAAUCGCUGAUCCACUUGUAUCUGGUAUUUUUUUAUUUUUUGAAGUUGAUAGUAAUAAAGCUGAGUAAUUUGCUUUACUAAUGUUUACCCCUUAGUUCAUGAACUAUAUUAUCAUCAAGCCGUCACAAUUUGAUAGAGAUAUAGGCCUAUAUAUAGACAACAUCGGGAUGAAUAUCGAUGAAGGGGUCGGACAAACUGGAAAUGAAAUAUCCAUCUACGCUAAUCAACGCACUAUUUUGUCAUUUUGUGGUUCAGUUCCUCAUUUUAUUAACAUGAUUGAUGUUUCCAAACCAAUUAAGUCACUUAAAUAUGGUUACCAUUACCAUACCAUUGAAAACCACAAUUAUAAAUGGAAUAGCAAUGUGGUCUCGAACUUUCAUCAUGAAGACUUUUUCAUAAACACGAUUAAGUUAUUUUUAGAUUUAAGCUCAAUCUUACAAACGGCUGAAAUAUAAAGUAAAAUAUGCCUGUCGGCUUAAAUGCAUUACCCAAAGAAGGAAUAGUUUUAUAAUAACUGUUACUAUUAUCAAACAUUUUCAGGUCAAUGCACAUAAACUACUAUCAUGACCUUUGCGUUAGAUUUAUAUAAUGACGUUUACCAUGGUUACCGAAUGAGCAUUAUUUACAUUGGUUGAAAAUCAACUAGCGAUUGAUUUUAGAAGUUGUGUUUGAUCUCAAUUCUUUCUGUAAUGGAUCCCUGUUGUAUAUGAAACAAAUGAUUUGAAAUACAGCAUUACUUUGUAAUAAUUGUUUAUGUCAUAAAUGCAUUGAGCUUAUAUAUUGAUACUACAACAUAUACGAAUGUGAGACAUUUUAAAAUUUAAUUGUUAUGAUAUGGUUCUCUGUCAAACGUAUCAUGUAGAUUCUUAUUUUUUUGUACUGAAACUAUUUUUAUAACGUAUAUUACUAAGAAUUUAGCUACUAUUUUAGUCCGUGAUUAUUUUUGUCUGUUCAAUUGUUGAGAGGUGAUGGGCACAUGUUAUGAUAAAUUUGUUGAAAAUGAUUGACCCUUUUCGAUAUUCAUGUUUAUACAUAAGGGGUCGCUUUGCUGAAAUGGACAGAAGUUGAAAAAAUACAUAUUUUAUAUUUAUCCUCGAAAUUAAAAAAAAAGUUUUUUGGUUUCUAAUGACGCCUAUAAUUUUCAUGUUAAAAAAAAAAAAACAUUAAAAAUUACCGAUGAGCGUGAAAAGGGGAACAUUGUCACGUGAUUAUAAUUUUGUCAUUAUGUUUUUAUUAAUCCUUGAAUCAGCAUGGCGGGUUUUUUAUAUACAAGAUGAAUUGAUAAUCAGAUUAUGGGGGUCAUCAAAGGUCAAAUACGUGGUCUGACAGUAUAAUAUGUAUCGGUUCACUGUAAUGAACAAAAUAAUAAGAAACAAUACUGGCAAAAUAUUAUUCGACUAUGUAGAGAUCACCUUUGAUCUAAACUCACCGCUUUAUAUUUUGCCAAAUCACAUGAUGCAUUGGCAUACAGAUGGGAGGGGCUUGAGCCCCAUGGACCCCACAAGUUUCACGACCAAGGAAAAAAGGAGAAAAUAGGGGAAAUAUAAGGAUUUUAGACAUUUGGUUCCAUGCGAAAAAGUAAAAAAGUGAUAUAUUUCGACCCUUAAUCUUCGAAAAAGGGGCGCGGGAGGGGACACCGCAUACCACAGGGUAAUACUUUAGUAUCCGACUUUGUGCCAACGGGUGGGUAUUUCAUAAAGUUGCUCGUAAGUUAAGAGCGGCUUUACGAACGACUGGUGAUCCUUUCUUACGCGCUAAACCACCGCCAAUGAACAUUUUGGUGUAUACCAUUUACCACAAGAUAGGAUCCAGUCGUUCUUAUACAGUGCGUAUCAAAAAAAGUUUACACUUUGAAAAAGCCCUGGGAAUUAAAGAAUAUGCGACAUGUGGGUUUUUUUUUCCACUUAUAAUCUUGGGUUUGGGUCUCAUCUAUCCAAUGAAAGUAAAGGUUUUGACAUAAUGUUACAAUGGAGUGAGUACUGUCCAUUUUUGUAAAGCUCGCAGAAAUCUGUUUGCGCAGAAAUGCUCGUUUUCACGCUGUGUCAAGGGGAAAGGGCGAAAUCAAACUUACCCUGCGAAACAUUUCUCGUACAUUUCCCUUGUACUUUAAGUCAAUUGAAAUAAAACGGAUACCUUCAAGCAUUUUGUAACUAUUUUGCCACCCAAAUUGAAAUUUUAACAUUUAGUAAGCACAAUCUUUCACCCUUUUUGUGCCAGCUGGAUCUGAGGACAUAACUGAAUCUGAACAAAAGUUUAUAUCAGACAUAUCCAGCAUUUUUCACUAAGUUUUUAUCAUUUAAAGUGGGUUUACAUUUCAUUUUUCAUUUAAUACUUGUUUCCCCACACUUUUCCCAAGCUUGACAAUGAUUAACUAAAUGAAAAUCAAGCCUAAGCUAUUAAAUGUAAAUCACAGCUCAGUGUAAAGCAAAUAACGUCUCGAUGGCCUCGUUGUGUGGGGGAGUGGACUGGGGCGCAAUGCACUCUUCGAAUUGUUUUGGACAAGGAAACAAGUUUUAAAAGGUAAAAGAUAUCUUCAAAUCAAUUUUACUAGCUAAAUUCCACGUGUUCUUCAUGAUUAAGGUCUACUUUUAUUUGCUAAACUAUUUCAAAGUUAUGCGCAAAUCAUUUUUCACUAACUUUUCAAAAGUAAGUGGUGCUCACUCAAGCGGAAAUAUUUUUCGACAGUUAUAUCGUCAUUUGCUUAAAUGGAUCUGCACCAAUGUUAAAAUGUGGAAAAAUCUUCAGAAUAUUACAAAUGUGUAAUUUUACAGGAUUUUUUCAAAGUGUAAACUUUUUUUUUGAUACGCACUGUAUAGUCGCUCUUAACUUACGAACAUCUUUAUGAAACGGUCCCCGGGAGAGGGUUCGUGUCUCCUUUAACCCACCCUCCACCACCCACCCGUAACCC